GAACAGGUUUUCAGUUUUAAAUUCUAAUUAUUUUAAAUUUAUACUAAACUUUUCCUAAAUUCUUCUUGUUUCAAUGCAAGAUGUAUUGUUAAAGUAUUAAGUUUUUGUAAAGGAAUUAAUACAUUAGAUUUUUUCUUUGUUUAUGAUACGCAGCUAAAGCAAUAGCAAUUUGUGUUUGUAAACACACAUUGUUUAAUCGUAAUGUUCGUAACAUGACAUCAUGUUAUUCUAGCAAUUCGAGUUUCCUUUGUUACUUGAUCGGUAGAAAUGAUGGGCCAAACACGUUUCAUAAUGAAUACUAGUAUCACAGUGUUAAUAUUAUUCCUUACACAUAGUUUAGGAUUGACUCCGCAGUGCAGAAAUGAACGAGGAGAGCCAGUGGAUUGGUUCUAUGUUUACAAGUUACCUAGAGAAAGAAACCAUUUGAAUCCUUUAGUAAGACGAGGUGUAGCUUAUAUGCAUCUGACACCAUCUAAGCUUAGAGGGGGUUGGAUUAUGUCUGAUUUAUCAAUUGGUGACCCUCGUUCAAUGGUUGGAAGAACCUUAGCACCUUUAUAUCAGGAUAAAAACACAAUUUCAGUAAUUUACAAUGACCAACCUCCAUCAACGGAAAAUAAGCCUGAUUUAUUACAAUCAGUGGCAGAAAUGUAUUCUAAGAGUAAAAAAGGCCAACAGAAACAAUCUACUAUGAAAAAAUAUAAAAAAUUCAAACUUGGCGACAAAUACUAUGAUGAUUAUGAUUUAGCUGAGAUGUGUAAAAUGCAUUCAAAAUUCAUGAAAACUCGAGUAGAGAAUGGCCAUACUAAAGGUGUUAUUCUCGGUGACAAAUUCACUUCCUCAUGGCUUGUUCAUUCUGUACCACGGUUUCCGCCUGUACCAGACACUCAUGGUCUAAACACAAGUUCAUAUAGUUAUCCAACAAGUGGCAUGAAGUUUGGGCAGUCGUUCCUUUGUGUAUCAGUCCAAACGGCCACGCUUAACCAAAUCGGCAUGCAGUUGAAAUACAAUGAGCCAUCAAUAGUAUAUCAUCGUUUACCACAGGAAUUUGAAAAUGAAUUACCCAAUUUAGUAGAUGUAAUUCGAAAUAAAACUGUGGAUGCAUCGCCUUGGUACCACAUAGAAAGCUUCGAAACUUUAGUUGGUCGCAAAUUCCUGUCAUUUGCGAAAAGUGCUAUGUUCAAUGACGAUUUGUACAGCGGCUUAGUGGCUGAAGUAUUGCAGUCUGACCUUUUAGUUGAGUCCUGGAUGAAUGGACCGGGAACUCUGGAUUCGGAAUGUAAUAGGAAUUUCCAGGUCCGAAACAUCGAACGCCUAAAAUUUCCAAUAGCCAAGAUGUCGUUUACGUCUCACAACGACCACUCGAAGUGGGCCGUAGCCGUCGCUCACAAGAUGCACAAUAGUCAGGAUACCAAAGUAGCAGACUACUGGGUGUGUGUCGGAGAUAUUAAUCGAGCUUUGCCCCAAGAGUCCCGUGGUGGUGGAACAGUCUGUACGUCUGGUCCCAUACUUUGGGGUAACUUCGCGCAUUUAAUUGAAUCAGUUCAAUCUUGUAAUAAUUAGAUUUAGUUAACAAUAGUUUAGUACGUCGAUAUACUUUAUUGUUAUGAGUUUUGUUGAGAGAAAAGGAGGAACUUACCACUACAAUACUACCUUCGAUUAAGACAUUAAAUAUAAGAUUAAGAUAAAAUAAGUCAUUGAAUUGCGUCGUUUUGAGUAGUCUCCCUGUCUCUUUUCAUCACAACGUAAACACAAUUUAACAGAGAGAGACAAGAGUACUAUUACCAAAAUGCUGCAAUUAGUAGGAUUGUUAUAGUUUUUCAUUGAUAGUGGCGAAUAUGAUUUUUCUAAUUAAAGUAUAUGUUUUCUGUGAUAAAUAGUGUAAGCUUAGUUGUAAAUAUGGCGUAGUUAAAUAGAUUAUAAAUAGUUAUUAUUUGUGUAAAUCCUUUUGGCAGCGCAGGCGCAUAGAGCGUACUUACCUAGACAAUAGCGACUAAAAGUUAAACAAUAGGCAUAGAAUCUGUUAGAAUUUGUCGGAUGUACUCAAAACAAUUAUGAUUGGCAUGGACGCUUUUUUAUUAUUGUAAAUAUUUUCUUUUGUAAUGUAAAUUUUCAUUUUAUUAUGUAUAAUAAAAACUUUUUAUUAUUAUCUUUUAUUACUU